GCUGUGGUUUCUCCGGAGCGGAGCUUGAAAUCAGACGCGCCGAGCGAGACGCAGCGCUAUCCGGGGGAUUUAAACCGCUACCCGCCUCCGUCCGCGCCCGGAGCCCUCUCUCCGUCGCCUUGGAUCUGCUCUCUCCUUGGAUUAUUACCGUGCUUUAUUCCCCGGCGCGACGCGCACGAAGAUGUAAGGAGGGUUUUGCGCGUGCGGAACCGCGGAGAACGCUCGUCAAAGCAAGGUUCAACUGAGGCAGCCCCGAGAAAACGCCACUAAAAACAGCCGAAGAAUGAAGCAGAAGGAAUAUUAAAAACAGCAGAGAGAGUGUUAACGUCCAGCGUGCCAACCCUUCAUCUCCAGCCUGUGGGGCCGCGGCUCUCCAGCCAGGUCAGAGGUCAUCAGCGACAUGAUGCCAGCCGGCCACCUGCCCAUCCUGCUCUCCCUGAGCGCCCUGCUGCUGUCUCCGCUGCUCACCGGCUCCUUGGCCUUAUCUCCACCCAGGUUCACAAAAGUACCUGUCGACAUGAUCGGUGUCUCCGGAGGUGUCGUAUCUUUCGUAUGCCAAGCCACAGGUGACCCCAAGCCGAGAGUAACCUGGAACAAGAAAGGAAAGAGGGUGAACUCUCAACGCAUCGAGACAAUUGAGUUUGACGAAGGUGCGGGGGCCGUCCUAAGGAUCCAGCCUCUCCGGGCGCCUCGAGACGAGAACAUAUAUGAGUGUGUGGCGGAGAACAGCGAAGGCGAAAUCAGUGUCCAAGCCAAGCUGUCAAUCAUUAGAGAGGACCUACUUCCCGCUGGCUUCCCCAACAUCGACAUGGGCCCACAGCUGAAGGUGGUGGAGCGCACUCGCACGGCUACCAUGCUCUGCGCUGCAAGCGGUAACCCCGACCCGGAAAUCACCUGGUUCAAAGACUUCCUUCCCAUCGACCCCAGCACAAGUAAUGGACGAAUCAAGCAGCUCAGAUCGGAGAGUACCCCCAUCCGAGGUGCUCUGCAGAUAGAAAACACUGAGGAAACCGACCAGGGGAAGUACGAGUGUGUGGCGUCUAACGUGGAAGGCGUCCGAUACUCUUCCCCUGCCAACCUGUAUGUGCGAGAGCUUCGAGAAGUUCGCCGCGUGCCCCCACGUUUCUCCAUCAUGCCCCCCACCACCCAAGAGAUCAUGCCGGGCGGUAGCGUCAACAUCACUUGCGUCGCUGUCGGCUCGCCCAUGCCCUAUGUCAAGUGGAUGCAAAACUCUGAGGACCUGACACCUGAGGACGAGAUGCCAGUGGGCAGGAACGUUCUGGAGUUGAACAGCGUCCGAGAGUCGGCCAACUACACCUGUGUGGCCAUGAGCAGCCUGGGCAUCAUCGAGGCUAAUUCCCAGAUCAUUGUUAAGUCCUUGCCGAAACCUCCAGGUACUCCUGUUGUAACCGAAACUACCGCCACCAGUAUCACCAUCACCUGGGACAGUGGCAACCCUGAACCCGUCUCCCAUUACAUCAUCCAGUAUCGCGCCAAAUCUCCUGAAAGCAAGUUUGAGACCGUGGACUCCAUCACCACCACUCGCUACAGCAUCGGUGGGCUUUCUCCAAACACUGAUUACGAGAUCCGCGUGUCAGCCUUUAACACCAUUGGCCAGGGCCCGCCCAGCGAACCGGUUGAGGCUAGGACUGGGGAGCAAGCUCCUGCCAGUCCACCACGCAAUAUCCAGGCCCGUAUCAUCUCCCAGAACACCAUGAUGGUACGCUGGGAUGAACCUGAGGAGCCCAAUGGACAGAUCAAGGGUUAUCGGGUAUACUACACCAUGGAUCCAUCUCAGCCCAUGAGCAUGUGGCACAUCCACAAUGUACAGGACAGCGUGAUCACCACCAUUCAGAGUCUGGUGGCUUCUGAGACUUACACCAUCAGAGUGCUGGCCUUUACGUCCGUUGGAGAUGGACCCUUCUCGGAUCCAAUUCAUGUAAAAGUGCUUCAAGGAGUCCCUGGACAGCCGACCAACUUCCAGGUUGGUGAGGUAUCAGACACAGGCGUUGAGCUAACAUGGGAACCGGCCUUCGAAAAAGAGGGAAUCAUCAGUUAUGAACUACAUUACAAAGAGGGCGGGCAAGAAUCUCAGGUAAAGAAAACAUUCGGCCCGACCUCUUCUUUUGUAGUGGAGGGUCUACGUGCAAAUACAGAGUACUACUUCUCUCUGGCUGCCGUCUCCAACAAGGGCAUUGGAGCCUUCACAAACGAAAUAUCCCAAAGGACAUCCCAAGCCAAGCCCUCCGCCCCCCCUCAAGACAUUAAGUGCUCCAGCUCCAGCUCCACCACCCUGCUGGUAAGUUGGCGCCCUCCGCCGGCCGAGAGCCAGAACGGGGCACUGGCCGGGUACAUAGUGCGCUACGCGGUGGUGGGGGCCGGGGCCGAGGUCAGCACGGAGCCCGUGGAGGAGCCGGCGGUGCCCCCCAGCUCCAGUCAGAUCCUGCUGCAGCGGCUGGAGAAAUGGAGCUUGUAUCGAGUCACCGUGGCAGCCUCCACCAGCGUGGGUCCGGGCCCCGAGAGCGAGCCGCUGCUGUGCCGCACGGACGAAGACGUGCCCGGGGCCCCCCCUCGCCGCGUGGAGGUCGAGGUGCUGAACUCCACCGCCAUCAAGGUGAUGUGGCGCUCCCUGUUGCCAGGGAAACAGCACGGGCAGAUCCGCGGAUACCAGGUGCACUACGUCCGUGUCGAGAACGGCGAAUCCCGCGGCCUGCCCCUCAUCAAGGACGUCAUGCUCGCCGAUGCACAGUGGGAAAUGGACGACACAGCUGAAUACGAGAUGGUCAUCGGGGGCCUGCAGCCUGACACCACGUACUCCAUCACCGUGGCAGCCUACACCACCAAAGGAGACGGAGCCCGCAGCAAACCCAAGCUGGUGGUGACUAAAGGAGCAGUGCCGGGGCCUCCCUUUCUCUCUGUCAACCAAAACUCAGAGACUACCGCAUUAGUGCGCUGGCAACCCCCAGAUUUCAUCGCUCCAGGUCUUGAGGUGCAAGGCUAUCGGCUACAAUUUGGCCGAAAGGACGUGAGCCCCCUGGCAACACUGGAGUUUGGCCCUCAGGAGCUGGAAUAUUCCAUUAGCAAUAUCCACAGAGGGGCCACGUACCUCUUCAAAGUGUCCGCCAAGUCCAGAUCGGGAUUUGGCGAAGAGGCUACCCGAGAACUAAAAGUCCCAGAGGAGGUUCCUCGAGGGUAUCCCCAAAUAAUGGAAGGGUCUAACAUUACCUGUUGCUCACUCCAAUUUGCAUGGUUGCCUCCGGUGCUAGCGGAGCGUAACGGUGCUAUAACAGAAUACACGCUGGCUUACCAAGAGGCCGGAGCGGCUGGUGGACCAAAGGAACUGCGUCUGCCGGCAAGUGAGAACAGCUACACCCUCAACAGCCUGAGGCCCAACGCAGUGUACGAUGUGAAAAUUCGAGCGCACACCAGUGUAGGUCCAGGGCCCUACAGCCCACCGAUCCAGUAUCGAACAGUGGCCUACGAAGCAGAUGUUCCUAAGAACUUCACAGUGAAGCUGGCCACCAAAACCACGGUACUGCUGAACUGGAAGUUUUCAGAUAGUCGCUUCCCGUACCGAUGCAUGAUCGAGUACAAUCGGCAGAAGGUUGACAUUGAUGCUAGGAUGACCAAAGCUCUCAUCACUAACUUGCGACCCAACACCACCUACGAGUUCAGAAUCACCUGCCAAGAGAGCAGCGAUGGUGGACCCAAACACAAGCUCAUCGCACGAACGGCGCCACCUAUUCUGGUCCGAAAGCCAGAGUUGGACCUAAAAAGAGAGCCAGAUAAUACUCUGACCAUUGUCUUCCCACCGCUGGAAUCCAAAGAGUUGAUCAAGGCAGUCUAUGUUGUGGUGGUUCCUCUGAGGAAGGGAAGAGGUCCAAUCCGACAUAUCAAGAGCCCAGAUGAAUUGGACCUAGACGAGCUGUUGGGCGACAGAAGACUCGGUCAACGUCACGCUCGAACCACCCGUCAGCUCAAGCAGGUGGACGGGAAGCGGCCCUACAUCGCUGCCAGCUUCAAGCCCUCAUCCAUGCCGCCGUCCUUCACCCUGGGCAACCAGAUGGUGUACAGCGGCUUUGAAAACAGGGCUCUGGACGCCGGGCAGGAAUACGUGUUCUUCAUCCUUGCUGAGCUCAACACCACCGGAGGGAAAUCGUUUGCGUCCAGCCCCUACACGGAUCCAAUCACGGCUCCUGAAGUAGACCCUCAGCCCAUAGAGACAGGAGGGGAUGGACUCAUCUGGGUGGUGGGACCCGUUCUGGCUGUGGUCUUCAUAAUCUGUAUUGUGAUUGCGAUUCUUCUCUACAAGAACAGCAAGCCUGACAGCAGCAAACGUAAAGAGUCAGAGCCACGGACGAAAUGUCUGCUGAACAACGCCGAUAUCACCCCCCACCACCCCACAGACCCGGUGGAGAUGAGGCGAAUCAACUUCCAGACCCCAGAUUCGGGUCUAAGCAGUCCUGUCAGUGAAGCCGGUUUUGACUAUGAAAGUAUGAUGAACCAUCCUCCGAUACCCAUCUCCGAGCUAGCUGAGCACACCGAGCUACUGAAGGCCAACGACAACCUGAAGCUCUCCCAGGAGUAUGAGUCCAUCGAUCCGGGUCAGCAGUUCACCUGGGAGCAUUCCAACCUGGAGGUCAACAAACCCAAGAACCGCUACGCCAACGUCAUCGCCUACGACCACUCCCGCGUAAUCCUGGCACCCAUCGAAGGCAUCACAGGCAGUGACUACAUCAAUGCUAACUACAUUGAUGGCUACAGGAAGCAGAACGCAUACAUAGCUACGCAGGGACCACUGUCAGAGACCUUUGGAGAUUUCUGGAGGAUGGUGUGGGAGCAACGAGCCGCUACCGUGGUCAUGAUGACCAGACUGGAAGAGAAGUCAAGGAUAAAGUGUGACCAGUACUGGCCAAUUAGAGGGACGGAGACCUACGGGAUGAUCCAAGUGACGCUCCUGGACACGAUCGAACUCGCCACUUUCUGCGUGCGCACCUUCUCUCUACACAAGAAUGGUUCCAGUGAAAAGCGAGAGGUUCGACAGUUCCAGUUCACCGCCUGGCCGGACCACGGCGUUCCAGAGUACCCCACUCCAUUCCUGGCUUUCCUCAGGAGGGUGAAGACCUGCAAUCCACCAGACGCCGGCCCCAUCAUCGCCCACUGCAGUGCUGGUGUGGGCCGCACGGGCUGCUUCAUCGUGAUUGACGCCAUGCUAGAGCGCAUCAAGCACGAGAAGACGGUGGACAUCUACGGUCACGUGACCCUCAUGCGCUCCCAGAGGAACUACAUGGUGCAGACUGAAGACCAGUACAGCUUCAUCCACGACGCCCUCCUUGAGGCCGUAGCCUGUGGGAAUACAGAGGUGGCGGCACGAAGCCUCUUCUCCUACAUCCAGAAGCUGGCGCAGGUGGAGGCCGGAGAGCAUGUUAGUGGCAUGGAGCUGGAGUUUAAGCGUUUAGCGAACUCCAAAGCCCACACGUCCAGAUUCAUAAGUGCCAAUCUGCCAUGCAACAAGUUCAAAAACCGCCUGGUCAACAUCAUGCCCUAUGAGACCACUCGAGUGUGCCUGCAGCCCAUCAGAGGGCUGGAGGGCUCCGACUACAUCAACGCCAGCUUCAUUGAUGGAUACAGGCAACAGAGGGCUUACAUAGCCACGCAAGGCCCAUUAGCGGAGACCACUGAAGACUUCUGGAGGAUGUUGUGGGAGAACAACUCCACUAUCGUGGUGAUGCUGACCAAACUGAGGGAGAUGGGACGAGAAAAGUGUCACCAGUACUGGCCGGCGGAGCGCUCCGCUAGAUAUCAGUACUUUGUGGUGGAUCCCAUGGCGGAGUACAACAUGCCGCAGUACAUCCUCAGAGAGUUCAAAGUGACCGAUGCUCGGGACGGUCAGUCCAGGACCGUACGGCAGUUCCAGUUCACCGACUGGCCCGAGCAGGGCGUCCCUAAAUCAGGAGAGGGCUUCAUCGACUUCAUCGGACAGGUGCAUAAAACUAAGGAGCAGUUCGGACAAGACGGACCCAUCUCUGUCCACUGCAGUGCCGGUGUGGGGCGGACCGGGGUCUUCAUCACGCUAAGCAUCGUGCUGGAGCGGAUGCGCUACGAGGGUGUGGUGGACAUCUUCCAGACGGUCAAAAUGCUGAGAACGCAACGGCCAGCGAUGGUCCAAACAGAGGACGAGUACCAGUUUUGCUAUCAGGCGGCUCUGGAGUACCUUGGAAGUUUCGAUCACUAUGCAACGUAAAAAGCCAUUUUUGUUUCCCCCUCCCGCCCCACAAGCCCCCUUCCCCCCAACAGCCUCCUGAGCCAUAAAAACUUGCUUGAAAACAUGAAACGAUGACAACUACACACAAUUCAUACAAUUUUUUGUUGAAGAAUCGUCUUUUGGAACCAAUCGAAACGCGCCGUGCGUAUCCCCAAUUGGAAAAGCAACACUGGAGAAGCGCAAACAGAGCCCAAACCCUUCUACAUCCCAAGCUCGUGAUGGAGGAACCAAACGUUUUGGCUCAGGCUGUAGGGCGGGAAUGACGAUCUAGGUUUCGGACCACUAACUUUACCUCAAGUGUUCUGACGUGGAGGACAAGCAUUAAUAAUUUUCAGAUUAACUCUAUGAACAUAUUACAAAAAGACAUGAAGGAAAAGUCGGUGAGAUACAACAUGACCACAAAUUAAAGUAUACAUGACGGGCACCUAAUUGGUUGGCGUUUAAAAUCCUUCUUUGUUUACUACAAUGGAAACGCUUCCAUUGAAAUGUCAUCUGUCAGUUUAGCAUUGCUGUCUUCAACAGAGAAGUUGGCGGUACAGACAAGACUUUUGCUGCUCACGUCUUGGGUCCAAGCCUUUCUUUGACACGUUGCCAUUCGGACAAAAUUAGGAGCCCACUUAAGAAGCAAUUUGAGACAAACCCUGCACCUGCUUGAGAAAGUCACCCUCCUCUCUAAACAGUCGCCAAACAAGAACCCAACAUGUCUUGAGGUUCUGAGGCAUUCAAGGAAAAGGAUGAAACCCAAUCGCAUCGGUUUCUCGAAGUGGGGCAGUUUUUGGGUGAUUUCAAGGAUGUGCAAGUGAACAUUUCUGCCAAUGUAGCUCCAUCUUCAUUUGAGAGCCAAUGGGAGCGUCAAAUGUUGUGUCAACUGGAGAUUAGGACCAGAGGAUCUACCGCUUAAGUCUCAAGUUUCUUUGGUGCAAUGUAGCUCCAAUUUCAUUCUCGAUAGCCGGCGGGAUAUUGACCUGUUUCGUAAUUGAGAGAUCUGGACUAGAGGAACCACCAAUGAAGUCUCAAGUUUCUUUGGCCCAAAGCAGAUCUGUUUUCAUCCUCGAGAGCCAAUGGGAGCUUGACCUGUUGCGUAAAUGGGAGAUUAGGACCAGAUGAUCCACUAAUGAAGUCUUGAGUUUCUUUGGGGCCAUAUGGAAGCAUCUUCACCUCUCGAGAGCCAAUGGGAGCUCGACCCAUUGCGUAAAUAUGAGAUUUGGACCAGAAGAACCACCAACAAAGUCUUGAGUUUCUUCAGAAGGAAUGCAGAUCCUUCCCUACCUCUCAAGAGCCAAUGGGAUCGUAAAAUGUUGCGUCAUCUAGAGAUUAGGACCAGAGGAACCAUCAACAAAGUCCAGAGUUUCUUCAGCACCAUUUCCAUCCUCGAGAACCAAUGGAAGUUCAACCUGAGAUUACAUCAAGAAGAGCCACCAACCAAGUCUUGAGUUUCUUAGGCGACUUCACCCGAUCAUUGACUGGUCUCUCCAUUGACGUGCGUAAUGUAUUUGGUGGACCGCAUGGGGGAUGCGUGGCUACGUCUUGUUUUCAGUACUUCUACGUCCCCAGUGACCAACGUUCAUCGCCAUCAUUUCAAACGAUUUUUUUGUCUUACAACAGUUUUUUUGGGUUUCAUUUUGCUCUUGCUCCAUUAUGCUGUACGUGUACAUGUGAAGAGUCCGAUUCACCGGACGAAAGUGUGCAAGAGUGUGAUUAUGUGUGCUGGUCCCACCAAUCAAUCCAUUUCCCUUUGCUCCAACAGUCGCCCAGGACGAAUUGCAUUUUUAUCGUCAUCGAUGACCCUUUCCUGGUUACUUUGGGAUUUCUUGCAUUCAUUUGUUGGUCCUUUUUGAGGUGUUUCUUCAAUGAAUUUUGGCUAACGAAGAGCAAGAAACGGGCAUAUGUUUGCGCCAUGAAACUGCGGUACAACUAUCUUGUGAAUCUGUUGUUACGGUGGGACUGUUUUACACGCUCAUGCAUAUGCGUAUGAGAGGGGGGGAAGGGCCUGCGCUCCGCCGCUAGAGCAGAUUGGCUGUAAUGGAAAAUGCUUGAACCUGGAGUGUUCUGAUUGGUGAGAGAAUGAAAGGAGCCGUGUGUAAUCUUAUUUCCAAAAAGCCUUAUUCUUGUAACAUCAUAGAAAAAAAUCUAAUGCAUUAUUGUUGUAUUAUUUUGACUAUUAUCUUCUUAACAGACAUUUGAUUUCUUGGUUUAGUGUUUUGCUUUUUUUUUUUUUUUUUUUUUUUUAACAAAGAUACUGUACUCAUUUUUUUAAUUAGCAAGGAAAAAUAAUGCUCAUUUUGCUCAUAUUAUGUUAAAAGACAUUCUAUUUUUUCACUGUAGAAAUGUAACGUGAGAUGUGUUUGUGUGCAUGUAUACAUAGACGAAUGGGACGUGAAUGUAUACAUACACACUCACAUAUAUUAUAUUUAAAUGCAGAAUAUAAAGAUGUAUCCAAAUCUUCAUAUGAAUAGCCUUUUUUUUUUUUUCGUUUUUGUUUUUGAAGCGGGCGCUCAUUUUUAUACCACCAUGAAAUUGUGUGUAUGAAAUCAUGAAUGAUUUUUAUUGAUUUUUGUUUUUUUAAAAGAGUCAGGGAACUGCAUUAUCAGAAAAGCAGAAAUUUCCCAUAAAUCAUUGCAGGGAGAGCUUUGACUUCCCGUUGCCCAGUGAUGAAGGUUGAAUUAUGAUUGCAAUCCUGUUGUUAUUCAUCAAUAGUACUAGUAUUAACUGAAGUAUUACUUUUAUAAAAGAUGUAGAACUGGUUUACUUAAUAUUGAAUUGAAAAAAAACAAAAAAACAAAAAACAAAUGAUCUAUACUUUCCAAAUUUUACUAAAAUCAAAAAAAUACUUUUGUUACAGCCCAUAUCUGUGAAAGCUUUCUUUUUUUAAAGCAUUAUUUGUCUUUUUACUUUUCAAACCACCGAAUGUUCAAUCGUUUGUUAGAUAUCGACUAUGAUCCUGAAUAUAAUGCCUGUAAAUAAACAAAUAUAUAUUAUAUGUAUUUGUAUAAUUUGCCCCACAAGAUUUCUGUCUUUGAACAAAACUGAGAUAACCAAUAACAAAAAAAAAUGUUUAUGCUAAUGGGAACCUUCCACAGUUUUGAAAGAAGCUUUGUCUCACGCUAACAGCUCUGUUAAUCUCUCUUCACUUCAUUCCUCUUUUUUUUUUUACUUUUUUGAUCCAUUUGUUGGUUUUUCCCAACUCUUCACUUUUUUUUUCUUAUCUUAACCAACACACACGGCAGUCCAGUGGUGAGAGAAAUCACUUCUCCUUUUCUCAUAAGACUUUGUGCAUCCCUCUUAUUUUUUUUUUUUUACAUUUGUAGUACAUUAAUACAUGUCUGUCAGAUCUCACUCCAAAAUCAAAAUACAGACAAUAAAGCCUGUUUUUAAACUUUUUGUUAAAACGAAGCGUUACUGCAAUGAAAAUGCAACUUUUUAAUGUUAUCUAACAAUUAUGGUAAUUGCUGGGAAAAAUUGCUAAAUGCAAAACAAAAAAGAAAAAAACUUCUCCAAGCAAAAUGCGAUUUCGUAGUUUUCUUUUUAUUUUGGAGUGAAAUAUGGCCCAGCAAUGUUCUGGAAAGGUUUUAUGAGAUUCACCCAAAAAUGAAUCCCAUUUUUACCCGUAGCGAGCCUGAAGCGCUAAUCGUUUUGUGUGUUUCUCAUUCUGAGUGAUUCUGUUGUUAGAUCAAGAAGAAGAAGGGCUUGCAAGAUGCCCAGUGCCUAUAAAAUGCCAUACGAACAGCAAGAGCAAAUUGCCUUGAAUUGGUUGCGCGUUUGGUGAUCAGUUUCACGUCAUCAUUGCUAGUUUAAAAACACGCCCCUCUCUCACCGCUGCCUCUGCGCUUCCAUCUUUUUUUUUAUUUAGUAGUUCGUCGCAAAAUUUAACGAUGCCAUGUUUAGUUCACUUUUAUCUUCAUUUCGUUUUUUUACGUUGGGGGACGAAGUACGAGAGAACUUGGAAUCUGGAAAUUCCAGCGCUGCCUUUUAAACUGUUGGGAGUUGUGUGCGUUUCUAACGAACUUUUCCUCUGGAGGAAUAAAAGGACAUUUGGACUUGUCGGACUGAACUCCAAAACCUACGAUGGAGAAGGUGCUCGGAAGUCCUGCUCGUCUGCUCAAUGCGAGGACCUUCGACAACGGGAGCCAAACGCGUGAAUCGAUUAGACUACAAACAACGGAGAACCAAUAUACAAAAGUGAACGUAUUAAAACCACGGCCAACAACAACAACAACAAAAAACAAGCCAAACACAAACGUGAAAAUAGUUUCUCUUUGUACGAAGGCCAAGUGCUAUCGCUUUCAAACUGUUACUUCUGAUGGACACAAUAAUUGGUUUGAAACCACUGUGUAUGUAGAUAUGUUGACUUUGUAUUAAAGAAAUGUUGUCUGAAAAUGA